AAACUCAGAAACUCAUCCAACCUACUCAACAUCCAACCAACUCCUGACAACAUGGCCUGCUGUGCUACUAGCUUCUGUGGCUUUCCCACUUGCUCCACUGGUGGCACCUGUGGCUCCAGCUGCUGCCAGCCCAGCUGUUGUGAGACCAGCUGCUUCCAGCCAAGCUGCUGUGGGACAGGCUAUGGCAUUGGGGGUGGAAUUGGCUGUGGCCAGGAGGGUGGCUUUGGAGGUGUGAGCUGCCGUGUUAGAUGGUGCCGCCCUGACUGCCGCGUGGAGGGCACCUGCCUGCCCCCCUGCUGUGUGGUGAGCUGUAUACCCCCAACCUGCUGCCAGCUGCACCACGCCCAGGCCUCCUGCUGCCGUCCAUCCUACUGUGGACAGUCCUGCUGCCGCCCAGCCUGUUGCUGCUACUGCUGCUAAUCCACCUAUUAAGAGCUAAUUUUUUGAUUGCCCAGAUCAUGGUAUUCUUGAAUUGUGCAUCUCCUUAACCAACUCUGGAGCAGUAACAAGUUCUCCAACCUUUGCUUCGUUGUCUUUUAUGAGGCCUCAGAGUACAGGCGCAUCACAGCCCUGUCCGAGUCUGUUCUAUAACCAAUACCUUGACCCUCUACAGUGGAUCCAGAAAUGCUGAGAACCCACAGGCUGACCACCAAAUUGUUCUGGAUGUAUUGCAUCUGAAACUCUUGCAGAAUUGAAAAUUGUCAAAAUCUUGAAGAAUAUUUUCUUUAGAACAAUCUGUAAUCCUAUUCUUCCUGCUUGGUGACCAACUUUUAUCUUCUGUUUACUUAAAGCUUUUCUAACAUCAAAGACACCAGCCCACAGCUGAGAGACAUUCUUCAGAUGUCAUCAGAGAAAAAUGGAAGUUCCUUAACCAACUUCUGGCUGCUAAGAAAUAGGCCAGACCAUUCUACACUUUUCCACUGGAUCCUUUCCUUAUUUUUUUUGGAUCAUAAUUCGUUUGCCUGCUGGCCAUUCCAUUAUAUCUGUAGCAUUGUGACUUCUGAUGUUUCUUAAUAAAGCUUAUAUCCUGGGCAAAUUAA